CCAAUAACCUGGAAAUAAAGCGACGCCUAGAUAAAUAAAUAAUAAAGAAAACUGCCGCUGCGGCUGUAAAUACACAGAAAUAUUUGUACCGGAUCGCAGCAGACUGACAGAUGUAAUCGCCUUUAUUAGGCGUUUGCUUGGCAGGAAACGAGUGCUGUCCGACAUCAACUGUCACCAGCAUCAUCUCGGAUGCCCCAACUCGAGGGACCUGGAUGUGAAAGCGGAGUAAAGGCCGUGUCUUGUGUUAUUUAGACAGCCCUGCGAUAAGAAAGGGGGGGAAUGGUUGCAGUAGAAGCAGCGGCAGCAGCGGGGGAGAAGCUAGCUAACUCCAUCAGCCGGCAAUUUCACCCGCUAUUUUACUACUUUAAGGACACUGUGGAAAAAAUGAGCGGACACUGAGGCGCAUUUUAGGCUGUCUUCAGUUACGAAUAAUGGAACACAGGCGCCAAAACGAGAGGGAAAUGAUGUUAUUAGCCAGUUAGCUAACGUUAGCCCAGCUAGCUGCUAGUUAACGUUAACUACAACAAAUUAGUGGGCUGAGUUAGCCUAGCUAACUCAGCCCACUAAUUUCCAUAGGCAGGUACAGUAGUCGUUUAGUUGCUGACUAACGCUAGCAACUUUGGUAUAUUUAGUGAGUGGAAGGGUUUUUUUCCCCCUUGGAGACACACCUCUUGCAUUCAGAGUUUACAAUUCCCUGCUGUAAACGAGGCUAGCUAGCUAAGCAGCGGUGCCGAUCAGCGCAGCACCCGUCUGCUGUGGUGUCGCUGCAGAAGUCGUAGCUUUCCUGAUUAACUCUCAAACGGUCGUCAAACAUGGCUCAAGAAGCGUUUCCUUUGCAUUAUCUGGUUUGGAACAAUCAGUACCUGGAGCUGGAUCGAGAGCUACAGAAGAAAGAGCAGGAUCUGGAGCGCUUGGAUCCGAGAGGGCGCACCCCGCUGGAGCUUGCUGUGUGUCUGGGCCACCUGGAGUCAACCCGGGUGCUGCUCAGGCACUCUGCAGACCCUACACAUUGCAACGCACAGGGCUGGACCAUCUUGCAGGAGGCAGUGAGCACGGGGGACCCUGAGCUUGUACAGCUGGUGCUUCAGUACAGAGACUUCAAGCGUGCCACUGAGAGACUGGCGGGCAUUCCCGAGCUGCUCAGCAAACUAAGACAGGCACGAGACUUUUAUGUGGAGAUGAAGUGGGAGUUCACCAGUUGGGUGCCCUUGGUGUCAAAAGUGUGCCCCAGUGAUGUCUACCGGGUGUGGAAGAGUGGCUCUUGCCUCCGUGUGGACACCACACUCCUGGGUUUUGAACACAUGACUUGGCUGAAAGGACGACGCAGCUAUAUCUUCAAGGGUGGAGACGAUGGGGCAGUGGUCAUGGAGGUGGACCAUGAGAAGCAGGUCGUGUACACAGAGCCGCUUGUGUUGUCCCCUCGUGAUGCGCCUUCGCUCCUGGCAGCAAUGCAGCCAUCUCAAGAGAACACAGCCCAGAGACUCACAUCGCCUAUUGUCUCCACACACCUCAACACUCGCAAUAUUGCAUUUGAGCGGAACAAGUCUGGAAUCUGGGGCUGGCGCUCUGAGAAGAGCGAGGUCGUCAGUGGGUAUGAAGCUAAGGUUUACAGCGCUACCAAUGUGGAGCUGGUGACUCGUUCAAGGACAGAACAUCUGUCAGACCAGGACAAGUCGAGAAGCAAAGGCUCAAAGACUCCUCUGCAGUCUUUCCUGGGGAUUGCUGAACAGCACACAGCUCACAAUGGGAGCAAUGUGUCCCAGUGCGCCAGUCCUCACAACCCCACAGCCAUCACAGCUGAGGAAUACUUCAACCCGGAGUUCAACUUGAACGGCCGCGACAUUGGACGUCCCAUCGAGCUUACCAGCAAAGUUCAGAGGUUUAAAGCAACGCUGUGGUUGAGCGAGUCUCACCCUCUGUCCCUGGCCGAGCAAGUGACACCCAUCAUAGACCUCAUGGCCAUUUCGAAUGCCCACUUUGCCAAGCUGCGUGACUUCAUCACCCUCCGCCUGCCACCAGGCUUCCCUGUCAAGAUAGAGAUUCCUCUGUUUCAUGUGUUGAAUGCCAGAGUGACGUUCAGCAACCUGUGCGGCUGUGACGAGCCGGUCAGUUCUGUGACGGUUCACAAACCAGAGAGCCCCGGAGAAGCUGGUCAGGCCACUCCUCCCUUCCACUGUGAGGUGGACCCCUCAGUGUUUGAGCCCCCUCCCGACUACACCACUCUCGGUCCGGGCCGCAGCGAGCCAAUGAGGGACGAGGAUGACAACCUGCUGCAGUUUGCCAUUCAGCAGAGCCUGCUGGACGCCGGCACAGAGAGCGACCAGGUGACCAUCUGGGAGGCCCUCACCAACAGCCGUCCGGUGCCACAGUCUCCCCUGUACGAGGAAGACUCUCAGCUGGAGAGGGCGAUCCAGGAGUCUCUGUCCAUCUCACUGGCCAGCAGAGAGGGAGAGGAGAUGGCUGACCCCAGCCAGCCCUCUUCUGUCUCUCCGUUGGACCCCACCGCCAACUCCCCGCUCUCCUACAGCACAGUGACCGAUCCGCGCUUAUCCGCACACUACGGCGUGGCGACCAGCUUCGACGAGCAGCUGCGGAUUGCCAUGGAGCUGUCCUGCAGGGAGCAGGAGGAGAUAGACAGGAAGCGUAAGGAGGAGGAGGAGGAGCUGGAGAGGAUCCUGCAGCUGUCACUCACCGAAAAGUAAUGUAACACCGACAAGGGCAGGCGGAGGCAGGUCUACAUUAGGGAACAAUCAUCUUAUUUAUUCUGUUUUAUUUUUUAAAUCCUGAGAUGUUAACUUAUUACAGAUAUUUUAUUUGUAUUUCUCACACGAAGGCUGCUACAACAGAGUGUAAAGGACCUGAAUAUAAGAAAUGUGAAACAGGAAGAGACCGUUACUCUUAAAAAACAACAAAAAAUAAACACUAUAGUCAAGGAUCGAGACGAAAAGGGAUAGUGUGUUUGGUUUUCUUUUUUAUUGAAUAUUUUUCACAGUCUUGCUGUCUUUAUUGAGUAAUGAAUGAUCCUUAAACUUUAAACCUAUAACAUGAUCCACAAUAAAGCUAAAAAAUAAAAUAAAAAAGUGCAAUCUCAAUGGAAUAACUUAUAAAACUAUAACAUUUCAAAAGUUUAUGUUGGCUUACUCCUGUGUGUGGAAAAUUAAAAAAAAAUAACAAUGA